UCGGAGCGAUUCGCAGUCGCCGCAGUCGCUGUCAUUCGCCUACUGUAGCGUGACUUAUUUACAAAACACUGCGAGCCAGUGAUAUAGGCUGAGGGGUUCGAGCCUCCAGGGACAGUAGCUUGGAGGUGCGUCGACUGUCAGCAUCGCCGGCUCUCGACUCAUUCAGUGAACUCGACUCGUAGGCCAAGUGUGCGAACAUCGCCAUCAACAUUCGCAGCCCAACGCUGCGACGCGUUUUUUUAUUUUUGUUUUUCCGCAAGUUCCGCGAAAAAGCCAGGAUGAGGAUCGACCGGGGCUUCGUCAAUGUGCUCAUCCUCAGCUGGGGAUUCAUGCUCGUUUUCACGGCCUUCCAAACGAUGGGCAAUAUCGAGCAAAACGUACUGGACAGUAUUUCAAAAGAUGAUCCGAAUUUUAAAGGCAACGGUUACACAAGUUUAGCAAUAAUCUAUGCCACAUUUGCACUGUGUAAUUGGUUGGCUCCAUCGUUCAUCUCAGUCACGGGUCCGCGAACGAGUAUCGUAAUAGGAUGUUCCUGUUACGUCCUUUUUAUAGCGUCGUUCUUGUAUCCACGCACCGAGUUGCUGUACAUUUUUUCAAGCAUCGUCGGAGCUGGAGCCGCUUUGGCCUGGACGGGCCAUGGCCUCUUCCUCACGGUUAAUAGCGACGACGAGACCAUGUCGCGGAACUCUGGCAUGUUCUGGGCCAUCUUCCAGUCAUCUCUAUUCAUCGGCAACAUCUUCGUCUACUUUGUUUUCAAGGAACCCGACAUUCACGAAGAUGUCCGAGGACUCGUUUUCAAAGUUCUCACCGGCGUCUCGGUGGCAGGUCUUCUGUUGCUGCUGGCUAUGAGGCCGCCCAUGCAAAAGAAUAAUCUUGGGCCUGCAGAAGGAAUCUCAAGCAACGAUAAAGAAUUGCACAUUCCAGAGGCUCCAAAAGAAAAGCCCUUGGUGGCCGCUUGGCACGCCCUUAGAGAUGCAUUUAGGCUGUUCUUCACGUCGAGGAUGAUGAUGCUUACACUGACCUUCGUAUAUACGGGCCUGUCACUGACUUUUCUUUCCUCAGUUUAUGCAUCCAGCAUUGGCUUCACCAAGUCAAUGGGGCAAGAUCGAAAAAGUCUUAUAGGACUUCAUGGAAUUUGUGUGGGCAUCGGAGAAGUGCUCGGUGGUGCCGUUUUCGGAAUGCUUGCCUCAAAAUGCGGAACCUGCUCAGGUUGGCCCGUAGUUGCUACCGGAUUUGGCGUUCACGCAUUCGCUUACGUUUCUGCUCUACUUAAUCUGCCGAAUGAAGCUCCAUUCAAAGAAACAGAUGAAAUAGGUCUGAUUAAUGCAUCACCUGCCCUAGCCAUGAUUGGUAGUCUAAGUCUUGGUCUUGGAGAUGCCUGCUUCAACACUCAAGUUUAUGCAUUGCUUGGUACCGCUUAUUCUUCAAAAAGUGCCUCUGCUUUUGCAUUAUUCAAAUUUUGUCAAUCGGUUGCUGCGGCACUGAGCUUUUCUUAUAGUAGUCAUCUUGGUUUACAUGGCCAAUUGGCCAUUCUGGCGGUUUCUUUGGUUUUGGGUACCGUUGCAUUUUGUGUCGUUGAAAUAAAACAUCGUAUAUCGAAGCGAGUUCGUUCGAAUUCUUGUCCGGAUAUUGAUGUUCACGGUAAUGGGCAUACCGUGUAUACCGAUUGAAAUUUUAUUUAUACUAUUUCUAAAAUAUUAUUGUACAGGUUCACGUAAUCUGAAUGCAUUCAUUUGAAUACAUUGUUCGUUAAUUCAUAAACUAAUUGCUUUAAUUAUUGUUUUGUUUAAUAUGGGUUUUCCCAUACAUACAAUUUACGAACCCACGUUGAAUUUACCGUUGCAUUUUGAAUAUAUUAUAAAGUUUAUUUUUAUGAGCUAAAUUCAAAAUAUUUUGUGUAUUACAUAUCAAUUAUAUUUAAAUUUUUUUAUGGCUAAACUAACACUUGUAAAAAAUAAUGUGUACAUAUAUAAUUUAUUUAUAAGUUGAAUUAUGUCAGCUCAAAUUCAUUUAGCAUCGUAAACGUACUAUACUUAUAAUUCGUUUUUAGUGUAUCGUUAUUGUUGUAAAAUUUUAUACUUUUUAUGCUAAAUAUAAAUUGAAAAAAUUUUUUUAGAGUUGAUAAUGGUUUAAUAACUCACAUCGUGCAAUAAAUUUUAUACCAUUAAUGAGCCACUUUUGUACCUAUGGAAAAUUGUUUAUAUUUUGUAAAAAAAUUUUAUUAUAAGAGUCUAAGCAUUAGUUAUAAGAUUCCGUCUAGUAUAUUUAUAAAACUAUGAUUUUUAGUUAAGUAAUUUUAUUAAAUAUUGUCAAUUGAUAUUAUAAUUCAAGUCUCAUUUGAUAAUAUACUAUAAGAUAUCCUAAGAUAUUAUGAGAUAAUAAAUGUAUCAUAUAUUAUGAUACUCUGUACUCAAAUGUGCCAAUCAGCAAAGUAAAUUUUUCUACAUUGUGAACUUUUGACAAUUUAUAAAUGAUCAUUUUAGCAUGGUUGA